GUGAGCUAAUCAAACGUGUGUGGAUUGAAUCAUCACAAAGUACCUUUCAUCUCAUCAUGCUAAUCAGUUAGUGAUAUUGUGAAGGGACUGGACAUAUAAAAGGAGAGUUGGACCUUUCCCACCUUUACCUUUUUAAUCUGUCCGUAUCUCAGGACAGAGGCUUCUCUUGUCCCAUCCCAGGCCGUCUGACAACCAAACCAGAUCGAGGACUGCUUUUUCUCCAACAGUGACAACAUGGCAAAGCCAAUGGAACUUGAGCUGAAGAAUGUGAAGCUGAGAGCUGGAGACCAGUUCAAAGUGGAGGGGAGGAUUCUGCAUGAGGCACAGGGGUUCCAGAUAGACCUGGGCUUUGAUGAAGAGAACCUGGCGCUGCACUUCAACCCACGUUUUCAUGAUGCCACUGACGGCGCCGUGCUUGUGUGCAACUCAAAGAUUGACGGCUGCUGGGGUCAUGAGGAGAGAGAGAAACACAGUUCUCUCCAAAGGGGUUCUGCUGUCAAGAUUCUCCUGAAGCUGACAGGAGAUAUGUUUGAAGUGGAGAUGCCUAACGGACAUGAGAUCCAGUUCCCCAACCGUCACAGCCUAGACGUCAUUACCUACGUUCGUAUCCGAGGGGACUUAAAGCUCACCUCCUUUAAGAUCUACUAAAGAGACCCCAUAAUAUCCACCUUGUGUAGCCUGGCAACAAGGGCACAGACAAAUUUUGUUAAGUUUGCCUUUCCGACUUCCGGUGCAGUCCGGCCCAAUGACGCACAAGCAAGUGGGUGGGGCUACAUAUGGUGU